CGGGCCGCUGCAGAGUUUGAACUCACAAACUCGGAGAAAAAGUUGUAGCGAUAAAAACAUGGAGCAGAUCGACAGGUGCAGCAGCGGCAGCAGGAGCAGCACAGCCACCUGGAUCAGCUUCACCCCCUCAGAGAGAACACUUUAGACCCGCGGAGCAGACCCCCGGUCAGUGAGUUGGCGCAACAACAAACCUCAUCAAUGUCUUGGCUUGAGCCUCGGCGGGAAUCUCUCCCCGUGAUCAACCAGGCCGUGCGGCGGCGUUUCUCCGGCCCGCUGCAGCUGCCUCCAUUGCACCGACGACAUUCCAGCCAGGAGCACUCAUAUGACACCCGGCGGCUGUCAGCGGCCCACGGGCUGCCGCUGGAGCGACUGGAGGUGCUGUACAGCAGGGCGUUGGCCAGCCAUGAUGAACACCGUUUUGACGUGGAGAAUGGCCUCUCGGUGGGUCGCAGUCCUCUGGACCCUCAGACGAGCCCGGGCUCUGGUCUGGUACUUCAGGCCAACUUCCCCCACAGUCAGCGUCGCGAGUCCUUCCUCUACCGCUCCGACUCCGACUUCGACCUUUCGCCCAAAAAUAUGUCCCGCAACUCGUCCACCGCCAGCGACCUAUCUCUGUCUGUGUGUGUCUGUGGCUCUUGCAGGCAUGGAGAAGACAUGAUAGUGACUCCGUUUGCUCAGGUUCUCGCCAGUCUGCGAACAGUGCGAAGUAACUUUGCGGCUCUGACACAUCUGCAAGAUCGUGUGGCAAACAAGCGGCCAUCAAGCAGCAACCAGCCGUCCAUGUGCAAACCAUCAUGUCUCGGAGAGGAGCCUCAACAGAAGCUGGCGGUGGAGACACUGGAGGAGCUGGACUGGUGUUUGGACCAACUGGAGACGCUGCAGACGAGAGACUCCGUCAGCGAGAUGGCCUCCAACAAGUUUAAGAGGAUGCUGAACCGCGAGCUGACGCAGCUUUCAGAGACAAGCCGCUCGGGGAACCAGGUGUCAGAGUUCAUCGCGAGCACUUUCCUCGAGAAACAACAUGACGUGGAGAUCCUGUCUCCACCAUCUAAGGAGAAAGAGAAGAAGAAGAGGCCGAUGUCACAGAUCAGCGGAGUGAGAAAGCCCACACAGAGUCCCGGCUUAGCCCCCGCCUGCAUCCCUCGCUUCGGAGUCAGCGCGCCGCACGAGAGUCUGCUGGCCAAGGAGGUCGAAGACAUUAAUCUUUGGGGUCUGGAUGUUUUCAAGAUAGCAGAAUAUUCUGGGAACCGGCCUUUGACGGUGAUCAUGCACUCCAUCUUCCAGGAGAGAGAUCUUUUCAAAACCUUUAAGAUCCCGGUCGACACCUUCAUCACCUUAAUGAUGACCUUGGAGGACCACUACCACUCUGACGUAGCGUAUCACAACAACAUCCACGCAGCUGACGUGGUGCAGUCCACACAUGUCCUCCUGUCCACCCCCGCUUUAGAGGCCGUGUUCACAGACCUGGAGAUCAUGGCCGCUCUGUUUGCAAGUGCCAUCCAUGACGUCGACCACCCAGGAGUCACCAACCAGUUCCUAAUAAACACCAGUUCGGAGUUGGCGGUGAUGUACAACGAUGCGUCGGUGCUGGAGAACCACCACCUCGCCGUGGGCUUCAAACUGCUCCAAGAGGACAACUGUGACAUCUUCCAAAACCUCAGCAAGAAACUGAAAGAGUCCCUCCGCAAGAUGGUGAUCGACAUGGUGCUGGCCACUGAUAUGUCCAAACACAUGAACUUCUUGGCGGACAUGAAGACGAUGGUGGAAACCAAGAAGGUGACGAGUCUGGGAGUCCUGCUGCUCGACAACUACUCUGACCGCAUUCAGGUUCUGCAGAACAUGGUCCACUGUGCCGACCUGAGCAACCCAACCAAACCGCUGGAGCUGUACCGGCAGUGGACGGACCGCAUCAUGGUGGAGUUCUUCACCCAGGGAGACCGCGAGCGGGACAAGGGCAUGGAGAUCAGUCCCAUGUGUGACAAACACAACGCCUCCAUAGAGAAGAGUCAGGUGGGAUUCAUCGACUACAUCGUCCACCCUCUGUGGGAGACCUGGGCUGACCUGGUGCACCCUGAUGCCCAGGACAUCCUGGACACUCUGGAGGACAACAGGGAAUGGUACCAGAGCAUGAUCCCCCACAGCCCAUCGCCUUCCAGCCCAGAGGAGCACCGCCUGGAGGCUGAGCUAGGAGGAGGACCACUGGGAGCAGGAGGAUCUCUCCCUUCAGGAGGAGGAGGAGGAGGAGGUGGGGACAAGUUCCAGUUUGAACUCACUCUGGAGGAAGAGGAGGAGGAUGAUGUGGAGUCAGAUCUGGAUAGCCCCCUAGAGGACGGGUCCCAGUCGGGCGGGGAGCGCCACCUGGACUCCUCCCCUUCCCUUUCUCCAGACCCCCAAAGCAGCAGCAGGUACCGCCCCCCGUCGCCUCACCCGCCCCGAACCCUGAGUCUGGCUGCCUUGUCAGUGCGGAGCCCCCAUCCCCACAUGAACCUGUCCUCCCCGGGGAGGGGGGACUCCGACAGGGACACAGAACUGAGCCAGGAGGGCGACGGGGUGUCGUGCCUGCGUAUCGGCACGUAACAACCAGCACAACCUGCCCGGCCUGAGAGACAGGAGAUGUAGGGAGGAAGAGGCAGGGCAGGCCUUUACCAAUAAAGUCUGUAAAAUCACCACAGUCCCUUUACACUGGAGACACUCUCUCUGGAGAACAGAGGGACGUUCGUCCUCUGUUUGAUUUUAAGUUUUCAUCAAAGAAGAAUCGUUUUAGCCUCUCUUUGGAUGCCCGAUAGGCCUUUGUGUCCCGUCGUUGUAGCUUCAGUUCAGAAAGUCCCAGACAAAGACUGCCGCAGUUUCACUGGGAAGAAGAACGGAGCUGGGGUGCGACACUCCGACAGCUACACAAAUGAAAGGAAAUGUCUUCCUCCAAAAGAACUGUUUGUGAAAAGCAGCGAACGAGGAUCACGGUGGAUCGAACAGGGUCUUGGAAAUUAUUUUUGCACCAUAGUUUUUAGUUAAUGGAAUUAUUGAAUCCGUUUGGAAUAAGUGAGUAUGAUUUCUGUGUUGCGAGAAUGAUGUGAGCGAUAAAUAAUUUUACCAAAUACAGGAUGAAGGUGAGCAGCGAGAAAAAUCGAUGGACCUAAACCUCAGGGUAUGAAGAGAAACUAAAAAUCGAAUGUAGCACGGAUGUAGUGAGUACUCCUGACCUGACCCCCGACCCAGAACUUCAGUUUGAUUUACCUCCAAACUAGAGUCUUGGUUUUACCUUCUACAUUUUUAUUAAAACCCUUUAAUAGUAAAUUUGGCACAUGAAGCAAUUCAAAAACCAACUUGUAGCACCACAGAGAUUGAAACCUAAAGAGGACUGAACCACAGUCUCACAGGUUUCAAAAUACAGAAGACACCACCUGUGUAUUUUGUUUUAAGCUAUUUUUUCUUUUUUAGCCUGAGAUGAUGUUAAAUGGUGUCGUUGUUUAAGGUUCUGAUUUCGGGACAGUUCUCUGUUGUAUGUUUGCUUGUCUCGUCUGUGUUAAUGUGCUUCAAAAGCAAUUUUUUAAUCAGGGUGCCUCCGGUCCGCAGUAGCACUUUACCAUCUCUGCUGUACAGCUCUUCUAUUCAGUCACACAAAGGGCUUCACCCACUGUAGCCUCAGGCGAACAGGACAGGAGGACGAUCUGAUGCUGGGUUCCAGGGCAGGAAAGUAACUGAACCGCUGUCUCAACAGAAAAUCCUCAAGCACAGUAAAAAUAUACUUUCUGAUAAGAAAUAUUUUUUACCCUACACUAACUGAAUAAAGUCCCCCCCCCCCCCCUUCUCUAAAAAUAUAUAUUUUCAUUCGCUUACUCCGUGUCAUUAUCCAGAUUUGCACCAAAUUGUAUCUGAUGGAGAUCAGCAGCGUACACAUGCCUGGUUAUUUUCGGAUGCAUUUCAUCUUUGUUCAAUGCAAACGCAGAUGAGAACAUAACCUGGGGGAGGAGAUGAAAACCAUGUGACGACAGCAGCAACCAGUGUCGGUUGAUUUGGCCUCGUUGUGAUUGGUUUAUCGCCCACAAAUUAAUAAUACAUGUGUAUAGAAUCUACAGACUGGAACUCAGAGUCCUAAGCAGAGAGGUGUUCUGUUCAAUGGAAUCUGACACAGUUAUUCCGAGAAGAAACUUUAAAUGAAACUUGAACAAAGUCUUCAUUAAACCUUUGAAGUAAAGCUUAAAGGGUUUCUAUGAUUUAAUGUAACAAUUCCAAUCGCUGAUAUUUAAAAUGUCGAACCUCACCCUCGUGUCAAAUCGACACACACAGCUCUGGAGACGUGUUGGCCAGUUCCACUCCCGUCACAGUGUUCUUGUCGUUGGAGUUGUCCAGAAAUGUAGUGUUGUGCUGUGAUCAAGUCGGAACACUCAUGAGUGAAACAUGUUUUUUUGCGGAGGCAGAGAUUUUGUCACAGAACAAUGGAUCCUACAUUAACGACCAAGCAACUCAAUAGUGCCUUUCAUGAGAUCUUCCCUCCGCCCUGAUUUGUUUUAAAGUCGGUACCGCAGGGUUUUUAUUAUCCAUCUUUAAUCUCAAACCCCUUCAGAGCCACGUUAGACGUUACACAACAGUUUCCCCGGGUUGUACUCAAAUAAGCUGACCUCCAAAUCUAAAAUUAGCGGAGUGUCCUUUCAAAUUAAUGGCUCUCCCUUUCCCCCCUGAAUCAGUACAGAUCUUAAACCCCCCCCCCCCCUAUCACAGUGGUGUUACUUUCCUGCCCUGCCGACGGGAACUGCUGCAGAGAUCACAAGGAGCAGCACAGUUUCAUAAGUUCCUGAGAGACACGACUCGCCUGUAGUUCAAAGUAGACCGACUGUGUUCCAUCAGGCUUCCAGUGUAUUUGGUCAUUAGUGCCCGACUGGGAUCAACUGUGUGCCAUAAGUGUUGAAAACACACAAACACCUGCCAGCCUAUGAUUCUGUGCAUUUUUACACUAGAGAUUUUAACCUGAUGAUUGUAUCGAAGUCAUUGACUUUAUAAGUGUUAGUUUUUACCAAUGAUAGAUGUCAACAGUAUUUAAAGCAGAGAAUUUACUCGAUUUUGUGCAGCCUAGGAUCAGUCUGUUCAGCCCUUUCCUAAUCGCAACGCUGGGACUUGAGAAUGUGUGUAGUUUCAGGAGUUUCACGACUCUUUCUGUAUCAAGUACAUGUUUCAGUCUAGAUGAGCGGUCCACGCCGUCACUGAGGUAGAAAGGCCAGGGAGUGAACAAGCACUACACAGGAUAUGAGGCACUCCCUGGUCCGGCAGUAGUAAAAACACUAGUCGAACAGUAUUUCAUUAAUUCAGCAAGUAAGCUUCAUUCAUAAGCCUUACAUGUGACAGGAGAGGAUGGAACCUGGUGUUUGAAGACCAUGCUGCUGUUUUUAACAUGCUGAGCCUCAGAAAGCCACUUCACUCACUGUUCUUCUCUUUAUGUUUCCUUCAUGGUUCUGGAGACUGGAAAGAAACAGAUACUUUCUUAUUUCUAGGCCUAAAAGAGUCAGAAUACAUGUUCACUUUGCAAGUGAUCAGCAUAGAAUUCAGAGCUCUGUCAAUUACCCAUAAAUUUGCCUGAAACUGGAAAAGUUUUCUCAGACUUGUAUCCAUUCAAAUUUCAUAGAAUAAAUAUUAUUUGAUACAAAAGUAUUUUAAAAGAUCAUCUGAUAAACUCAUGUGUUUAGCUUUCCUGUUAAUAACCAAAUGCUUUAUCUGGCAAAAAUUAACCAUAGAUGCCUGCUUGCUACGUCAAUACCAUGUAAACGUCAGCAGCCAGGUCAUCGCUGACUUACUCUCUAGUGCCACCAUCUGGACAAAGUUUAUACUUGCGCACCAGAAAUGUCAGAAUGUUAUGGCCAUUAGAGAUGUGGUCAUUUCCUCUGCCUGAUUAGAAACAUUUAAUUUUUAUCUGAACUAAUGGUAAUCCUCCAAAAACAACCAAAAAAGAAGCAACAUCAAAUUGCAUUGGGUAAUAUAUAUUGCAGCCUAGUUCACUUUUAAUCCGUCUAAAAAAAAAAAUCUAUUUUUGACCCACCAGCGAUACCAAAUGUGUUUUAAUAUUUCAUUGAGUCCGGUGGAAACUUCUUGUACUUUUUGGUAAUGUGUCAAUAUUUGACAAGAUAAGAAUCAGUAACUUGAAACUAAAAAACUAAAUUGAACUUAACAAUAUAUUACACACAGUCUCCGCACAAUCAGCAACAGCAUCUGGGGCUGACCAGAAAAGCCACUUGAGGGAAUUUAUUCGAUAUUAACAGACACUUUCCAUCAUGUGGGAUGUUUGUGAACCUGAAACAGAUUUCCAUUUAGCCGAACAUGAAGUGUGCUUCUGAUCUGAGGCGUUUCCUCAGCGUGUUGAGUUCAGCACCGUGGCUCUUUCCAGGAAGACGUCGGUGCCACAGAGUGUUAAAUGUGUUGAUGGGCAGCAGAGUGGCUGCUCCUGCUCCAUUUCCCCUGUCGCACACUCAUGCUGCCGGUGUUCAUGUUGUCUCGUUUUCUCAGCCUGUGUCGUGCAAACUUCUAUAAAAGAUAUUUAUUCUUCAAAACAUUUAUGUCGAGACAAAGUACUGUAACAUAAGACGUUUGAUUUUAUGUUCUGGAGCCUGAUAAUCAAGUAUACCUUACAAGUAUGUAUACAUCUGCCACUCCAAUGUUUUGUCAAAGGAAAAAUGAAUAUAUUUUUGUUUCUCAUUUUUAGCCGGAAGAGUCUCGGGAGUUCAGGGUGUUUCAAGUGGAAAAUGCCAAUAAAUUAUAUGGAAAUUUA